GGACUUCACUCUGGGUUAGAAGAUAUCGGAACUGGCACGGAGACUCACGCGAAGAGGGUGAGGGCUGCAAUCGGAGUGCGGAAGCUACAUCCUCCACGAUCGUAUUAGAGUCCGACCUUCUUGCUUCCCUGGGUUUCCUCAGAGUUUCUUCCCAUCUGCCAGGUUCAUGCGUGGUGCGAGUUUGUUUUGGACGAAAAGAGAGGUUCAAUUCACUCUGCGUCGAGUUACUGAACUGAUCCCAGAUGGCAGAAAGACUCAAAAUGUGGGGAGGUGGCGUUGCUCUGACGAUAGAAGUGCCAAUUGAAGAGGCAUGGGAUGCUCUGGGAGAUUUCUGCGAUAUAAGCAAGUGUCUGACGUUGGAUGAUUCUGAACGAUCAACCUACGAAGGAGAAAGAAACAGUCCUGGUUGCAUAAGGCACGUGAUAAGAAGAGUCGAAUGGGCCAAAGAGGAAUUGGUGGCCAUAGACUCCAGAAAACACAGCCUCAAGUACAAAAUGUUGGAGAACGGGUUCGGAUUUACAACAUAUGAAGCUAGUAUAAAAUUAAAACAAGUAAGCGAUAAGAAGACUGCUGUAAGUUGGACCGUCAACAUGGCACCUGUUGCUGGAAAGACAGAAUCUGAGAUAUUGACUAAUAAGAUGUGUAAGGCAUUCGCGCAUGGGAUCAAGAAAGUAGAAGCGGACUAUCAGAAGAGAGUAGCCUUAAGCUCCCUUUAAUCAGUCAUGUUUGAGUUCAUUUCUCUUCACAAUUAUGUACUCAUGUUAAACACUGUACAUGAAUAAAGUCAUGAAAGUUAUUUUUA